AAAAGUUAUUAAGUUAUUAGUAAUUAUCGAACAGAUGCAGUGAGUAUUUAAUAACAAUUAGAACUUUUUUUUAUUGCUCUUCGUGCAAUAAAAAUUAUGUAAAGUAUAAACAAUUCGCGAGUAGAAAAUAAUAUAAAUACGAGAAUUGAACACGACAUUCAUUGCACAACUGCAAAAAUGAAGUCGGUACUUGCAAUUGCUCUGAUAUUUCUACUGUUAGGAAUGGAAGAAGUGCAGGCGAAGAACGGAUAUCCCGUGAAUGGACACCGAUGCAAAAUUGGGUGUUCAAGCCUGGGAGAGAGUGAUUAUUGUAAGAAAAUAUGUAAAGAAAAAGCGGGUAGUUCUUACGGAUAUUGUUACGCGUGGGCUUGUUACUGCGAGAAUGUUGGUAAAAACGCCGUUUUGUGGAAAGAUCCAACACUGGGUCCUUGUAUUCCAGAGGGAAAAUGAUCCUUAUCAUUUUAACAACAUGAUAAAUGUCGACGUCAAACAACUAAUUAUAUAAUUAUUGUACGAGAAUUUUAAAGCUUCCCAGAAAUUUAUUAAAAUUUAAUUUUAAAAGCAUG